AUGAAUUUUAAGGUACCCGAUAUUACGGGAACAGAUUACGUUGACCCUAUGACAACAAGCAUGGAUGGCAUAGAAGAUCUGCCAACGAAUGAGGAAACACAGGAAUUUGGCGAUGCUAUAAUGGAAGAAGACGAAGGGGAACAUAUGGAAGACGAUGUGGAGGAUCAUCCUGCCCACUACAGUCACGAAAUACACGAUUCACCAGACGUUGCAGAUAGUGCUAGUGAGGGAUUUCGGACUGCACAUGACGACGUUCCUGCACUAGCUGACGACAUAGAUGAUGAGGUGUCUGGAGAGCAUGAUGCCGCCGCUGCUGACGCGUCCGCAACUGAACCACCAGCAACCGAAGCAGAUGCUCCGGCAACCGAUGACGCUGCCUUAGCUGAGGAGACGCCGGCUGCUGCAGAAGCGUUACCUGCAGAAGAAGCGGCGGACGCUAAAGAUGCUCCAGUUCUUGAUGAAGCGCCAGCCCCUGCUGAGGUCCCAACCGCCAAUGAGGCUUCACCAGCUAAAGAGGCUUCAGCAGCUGAUGAGACUCCAGCAGCUAAUGAAGCUGCAGCAACCGAAGAAGUGCCUGUGGCUGAAGAAGCUCCAGCGGCUGCGGAGAUUCCAGCUGAAACAUUUGAGUCAGAGUCUAAACAAGACGCUGCUCAUGCAGAUCAACCCGCGGCUGCUGACGAGGCUUUACCUCCUGAGGAGGCUGCAGAUGCUAAAGAUGCUCCAUCGGAUGUAGCCCUUGCAGCAGAAGAGACUUUGGAAGGAAAAAACGAGGCACCUGUGGAGGGAGCCAAAGUAGAGGAGCAGAUGGCUCCUCCUGAGCAAAAUACCACCGCUUCAGAAGGAGGGAAAGAUUUUGAGCUUCAAGCUCCACCAGAGGGUAAACGCCCACGAACUCCGAACGAGCUCGACACUCAAGCGGAAGACACCUCUGCGCAGGUAGCAGAAAAGGAGGAAAAUGCAGAAGAAGUCCCAGCAGUAAAGGUGACUGCUGAGCCCACAACAGAAGCAAGCCAAGAUGCCGCACCUGUCACCCCGGCAGCGGAAAAAUUCGAGUCUGUGCCACAGACGCCGAAGUCGGCCGGAGGUUCAAUUCCACCUACACCGAAAUCAGGAGAAACUUUCGGUACCCCGGCAGGAUCAGUUCCACCCACACCAAAAACUUUAGCAGGAGAAGCUGUGAAAACCAAGGACGACUCUGUUCCCCCAACUCCAAAAAAUGCACCAGAGGAGGCAUCAAAGGCUUCUGUUCCGCCAACACCGAAAGAUUAUUCUCAAGCUGGAGGAACACCCGCAGGUUCAGUGCCACCUACUCCUAGAUCAGCAGUCGGCUCUAUCCCAGCUACCCCUAAAGUAGCUAAUGGUUCUGUAGCUAAUGGUAGUAUUCCAGGGACGCCGUCAGUGAAAGCUGAAACUGCGAAUUUGGCAUCUCCUGCGUCGUUGGCUACACCGAAGGCUACCGGUACCCCAAAAUCAGCAGUUGCCUUCAGUUUUGAUGAAACCCCCGCCACUCCCAAAGCAGACUCGGAGGCUCCUUCGUCACCAACGAAAACCCCACGAACCCCUAAAUCGGCACGCACAGCUAGAGCCAAGAAGGGAAAGCAUCAUAAGGACGAGGAACAUGCUGACGAUGAGGCGGCUGUAGAGCCUAUGCAAGAAGACGCCGCUGUUGAAGUUAAACAUGAAACUGCGCCAGAGGAAGAGCCAGCUGCUGUGACAGAGCCAGAACAGCAGGAACCUGCCCAAGAUGAACCCGUUGCAUCUGAGGAAGCUCCUUCCGUAGAGCCAACUCAGCAAGAACAAGUUGAUGAAAAAACCGAUGCAGCUCCGAAGGAAGAAGAGGUGCCUCCACCGGUGAAAGUUAUUGAAACGACUACGGAGCCUCCUGCCGCGGAAAGGGAAGAAAAAGUGGAAUCGAGACCAGCUCGUGCUCGUGCUGCGUCUCCCUCACCACCACGUCGCGCUGCUAGGGCACAGUCUCCUUCGCCAGAACGACGUCCAGCCCGUGACUAUGUCAGCUACGAUCAGGUGUGUUGCACCUGUUGAGU